UGCAGCAAUCCCACGAUGCCGCGUUUCACCGUGGUGGAUCUCGUCCAUGAAGGUCUUCUUGACUACGUGAACAAGAGCGGCAAGACUCGGUCGAGAUGGUUUGCGCUGGACGGCGCCCAGCAAGCCUUGACCAAAUACUCGUCAUCCGACCGAUCCAAGCAGAUGGGACCACCCAUUCACAUCCUUGGCGCGCGCAUCGAGCGAGGUGCCGACCUCGCGUUCACAGUGCAUCUCCACGCACCCUAUCGGUCGCUCAAACAGCUGAAGUUCACCGCCGCGUCGCCCGACGACAAGGAAGGUUGGAUGAAGAGCUUGAUCACGUGCAUCAACGGCAUGGCCUCGGGACUGUCUCAACGCAUGUGUCAUCGGGGGGUGUUGAAUGGUCAGUACAUUUUCGUGCGAGAGCUCGGUCGGGGGGCGUCGGGCGUAGUGUACCUGUACACGUAUCAUGGCAAACCGUGCGCCGUCAAGAAACUGCCGACGAAAGCCACCAAGUUCAACCAACAUAACCACGUCACAGACGACGUGAAACGAGAGAUCGCACUGCUGAAAAAAGUGACUAACUUACCCCAUGUGGUGUCUCUGUACGACGUGAUCCAAGCCCCCCAACACCAUGAUAAUGCAAGCAACGACGACGACGACGACGGCAAGGUGUACCUGGUCAUGGAGUUCCUCGGUGGGGGGCCUAUUGCCGCGUACGACAAGGUUCACAAGCGGUUCACCACCAAACAACACAUGGUAGAACGCGACUUCAAACGAUUGUUUCGAUGUGCUACGAUUGGCCUCAAGUACCUGCACUCGCAUCAACUGGUGCAUCGCGACAUCAAACCCGACAACAUCCUCAUGACAGACGACUUUGCAGAGUGCAAACUCGCAGACUUGGGCGUCGCGCACUGGUUUGAAGCGGCCCCCACGUCCGUCGGGUCUCGGAAGAGAGACAGCAGCAUCGACAUGUCUGACAACGAAUCCACGUCACCCCCUUCUCCCGGUAGUAAUCUACUCCCGAACGAUACCCUUCGAGACACCAAAGGAACGUACGAGUUUUUGUCCCCUGAAGCCAUCUCGGGAGAAGAGUACUCUGGGUUUGCAGCAGAUGUGUGGGCCCUAGGUGUGACGUUAUACGCCGUCGUGGUGGGCAAAUUGCCCUUUCAAGCUGACAACGUACUAGCUUUAUUCGACCAUAUCACAGACUCCCCGCUCCAGUUUCCCCCCAAUGUAGUGCUAUCCAACGACCUCCGGCAUUUGAUCUCGCAAAUGCUGGUGAAAGACCCCCAGCACCGCAUCUCCCUCGACAACGUGUUGAUGCAUCCGUGGCUGUGUACUGGGGCCACGUCUUCGUUUCUAAAACAACACAAGGCCGCGACUACCAAGAUUGUCGUGAACGAAGCUGACGUCCACGCUGCAGUGUCCCCACUACAGCUCAAGUUUGACAUGAUGCGUCGAGCUAGCCCCGUGGACCAACUGUCCAUGUUAACCGUCGACGCCCUCCCUCCAACGAUCCCGUCAUGUUCGGAUGCCGCCAACAAUCCCCCCCCGUCGAUUCCCCCAAGCAUCCCCCAAACACAUCGCCCCCAUCCCAUCGACAUUCAAUCGGUUGGGCUGCCUCCGUCCCUGGCCGGCGAUCUGUCAACUUUGGCGCAACAAUUGCACUUCCAAUGGUGUUUUGACAAACUUUUGGUCGGGUGGAGCUAUGGGGCGAUCCGAAACGACGAGCUGAAGCACCACCCCCUGAUGAAACCGUUUUGGGAGCUCGACGCUGCCGCCCAAGCGCGGAAUCGUGUGUCCGUCGAAGCCUCGCUCAAGUGCAUUUUAGCCCUGGGAUACACGGUGGUGCGAAAACCAACCGAACAGCAGCACGUUCCAUCGUCGUUGGCGCGUAUUGCCUUGUCGGGGGAACUGGUCGUGCUCGGCGACUUGUUGGCCGAGAACGACCACGAAGUGUGGGCGACAGAGUACUUUCAAAACGGAUGGACGUAUGGACCAGUGUACGACAAUGCCACGAAACACCACCCGGCAUUGGUAUCAUACACGGACUUAGCCGAAUCCGUGCGCGACUCGACGCGACUUGGGGCGCUGAACAUCCUCAAAACGCUUGUGAGUUUGCAUUAUGUGGUUCAACACCCAUACACCAAGUUCCAGCCCACGUCGUUCGUUCCACCUCGACGGUUUACCAUCUUGGGUCGAAAGUCGUCCAAGUGAUUCAAGUAACAACUACGAACGUUACUGUAGUAGUAGUUCAUAGCAUAAUGCACUAUCAAAAGUGUCUCAAUUCACUAUCAACAAGACUAUAA